AUGGGACUAGGGAGUAUUAAAUAUGAUGAUGAAGGAUCAUCAGCUCUGUCAGCCGGACGGCUCACCAGUCGCGGGGCCCUUCGACUCACCACCGGCAGGCAUGGCGACUGGCGGAGUGAACUCCACACAACAUUUACUAGCAAGGCGCGGGGUGUCGGGGUGUCGUCGGCGGAGGAGGUCGUCGGCGACUCACUUGUGCCUGCGGGCGGGGUCGUGAUGCAGGCUGUAGGUGGCCCGGUGUCAGGUGCACAUGCCGCUAGGGGAGGACGAGCGCUGAGGAGACGGCGGCGGCGGCGUGGUGCUGGCGGGGCGCGGGACGGACGCACGGGACACACGAGCGGACGCCACGACGGACCGAGCGCGACUGACGGAGCGAGCACCGGCUACGGGGCUCGCUGA